GGGAGGGCUUGACACGGGGUUCCCACAGCUUGCUCCACACCACCUUCACACCCACACCCAGCAGGUCCCCGUGGGGCCGGUGCAGGCCAUGGCUGCCCGCGCUGCGCUGUUGCUCUGUCCCAGCUGGCUGGCUCCGGGUGUGGAGCACUCUGGGCUGGGGCCUCUGGGGCGCGCACAGUGGGGUGACAGGCAGCCUGGCUGCAGAAACGUUGCACCCGUGCCUGAGGUGGGAGGAUGUGAUGACGCGGCCCACGCAGCGGGAACCCAGGCCUUUAAAAAGCCCAGGAAACAGCCUCAGCGCAAGCGGUGGCUCCACUGGAGGAAAACACACCCCGGUCUCACAUUAAAGAAGCCAAACUGUCGGCUUCAAAGAGAAAAGGCAACAUCCUGUCACAGGCCAUGCUCUGGCAAAAACCCACAGCUCCAGAGCAAGCCCCCGCCCCGGCCCGGCCAUACCAGGGCGUCCGCGUGAAGGAGCCAGUGAAGGAACUGCUGAGGAGGAAGCGAGGCCACGCCAGCAGCGGGGCGGCGCCUACACCUACGGCGGUGGUGCUGCCCCAUCAGCCCCUGGCGACCUACACCACAGUGGGUCCUUCCUGCCUGGACAUGGAAGGCUCUGUGUCUGCAGUGACGGAGGAGGGUGCUCUGUGUGCCGGCUGGCUCUCCCAGCCCACCCCGGCCACCCUCCAGCCCCUGGCCCCAUGGACACCUUACACCGAGUAUGUGCCCCAUGAAGCCGUCAGCUGUCCCUACUCAGCUGACAUGUAUGUGCAGCCCGUGUGCCCCAGCUACACGGUGGUGGGGCCCUCCUCAGUGUUGACCUAUGCCUCUCCGCCACUCAUCACCAAUGUCACGACAAGAAGCUCCGCCACGCCCGCAGUGGGGCCUCCGCUGGAGGGCCCAGAGCACCAGGCACCCCUCACCUAUUUCCCGUGGCCUCAGCCCCUUUCCACGCUACCCACCUCCACCCUGCAGUACCAGCCUCCGGCCCCAGCCCUACCUGGGCCCCAGUUUGUCCAGCUCCCCAUCUCUAUCCCAGAGCCAGUCCUUCAGGACAUGGAAGAUCCCAGGAGAGCCACCAGCUCACUGACCAUCGACAAGCUGCUUUUGGAGGAAGAGGAUAGCGACGCCUACGCGCUCAACCACACCCUCUCUGUGGAAGGCUUUUAGGGGUGGCUCCCACCUGAGUCCUGUUCCCUGAAACUGGGAUUUGAAAAUGAGCCUGGAAUUGAGCCCCAAAUUCAAGCUUGUUUGGAGUAGUUAUUUCAUAACUACACUUUCUACACACAGCUAGAAUUGUAGACCUGUAAACCUUCCUUCCCUUCUGCCUUCCCCUCCUUCCCUCCCUCACUUUCUCCCUCUUUCCUUCCCUUCUUCCUUCCCCUCCCUCCCUCACUUCCUUCCUCUCCCCCUCUUCGUCCCUUCUUCCCCUCCC